UUAAGAUGGUCAUGUUCCUGUCAGGCUUCAUGUUUGGAUCUGCGCUAGUCUGCCUGUUGUACCUUAAGGAGCCUGUGCUGGAUACCCAGUUGACUAUGGAGACCAAAGCAGGUAUCCUCCUGGGAGUGUCUGUACUCUGUGGCCUGGUGACUAUGCUGGUACAGACUGUGGGGCUCAUCAUUACUGGCCUAGAGCUGGGGUGUCUGCUCACCCUUGCCAACCUACUGGUUGUCAGACAGUUUUACAGCCUUACCCCACUAUGGGCGCCUCUCGGUGCACUCCUAGCCACGAGCACCUUUUGUGCCACUCUCACACUGCAGUGGCAGAAACUAUUCACUGUGCUCUCCACGGCUGCAGUCGGAGCCGCUGUGGUGAUGGCAUGCGUGGACUACUUUGUAGAGACAUCUCUGCUGGCUGGCCAUGCGUACGACAUCCUGUCUCAGGUUCCCCCUCGGCCCCUCUGCUGGUACAGCUGGGUUAUAACAGGCGUGUUUCCUCUAUUUAGUCUGAUGGGGGUAAUGGUGCAAUGGAUGCUCACUGCCAAAGGAGUGUCCCACACAGAAGUACCUGUCAGUGGACGACAAAAACAGGUCCAACUGAUGCGAAUCAGACAGAGAGAUGCCCAGAGACGACCCCAGCUGGGCACUUACCGCCAUCGCAAGCCUCCAAUUCUAAAGCGUUAUGCUGGAGACGUCCUGGCCCCAAGUUACAUCCAGAGCCUUCGUGACCGCCAGAUGGGUACAGGCUCCUCUAGCAGCAGCAUCAUCAGCAACAGCACAGUCAACCACACCAUGAUAGACUUUGAGACAGGCUUCAUGGUUCCCCUGAAUGCCUCCUCCCUAGUCUACAGGGUCUAAGGGACAAACACCAAAUAGUAGGCAUCACCUCCCAGUUCCACUAAGGUGCCCAACACCUCUCUCCAGCAGACAAUUCAUAGACUGUUGUAAAAAGAAAAACAGACAGAUUCUUGAGACAAGAGAUUCAGCCAACUAAUUCACCUUGUUGUUUUGUUUAUUAUUCUAUGUCUAAGGUAUCAGACAGUCAAUCGUAAUAUAACCAUUGAUCAUUCCUCAAUUAAAUAAGUUUGCUUUAUUUUGUUCAGUUUGCUAAUAUACAUUUUUGUGAAGAUAUCCAUUGUUACAGUUGUUAGGUUCCAAUUUUGAGUAAAUAACUCACGGACACUAGAGAAGCUUAACCAAGUUUAAUUCUUCCAGCUGUAAUUCAGACAAAAAACAUUUCACACAAGUAUUAAUAUUUAACCCUGUCUCCUAGGCUGAGUCUCCUCCUCCACAACUGAACAGCCAACGCAUCUCUGUUGCUAGACAGAACCUUAGUGAUAUCUGUUCUUCCUCACUUCAUCUAACCUCACCUCUA